AUGGACAUGAACAGUGGCUGGCUCGGCUUCUCCUUGUCUUCCUCUUCUUAUGCCGCCAGGGGCUACGACGCCGGCGAGGGAGUGGGGUGCGAUGGUGGUGACGGUGGCUCUUGCUCGUCGCCCACCGCGGUGGCGGCGUCUUCUUCGCCCAUCGUAGGCGUGCCGUUGCACUCUGGCGGCGGCUCUGGGCAGUACGACGGCCGAGAUUGGAGGCAUCAGCACGCAGAAGCCAAAGGCCCCAAGCUGGAGGACUUCCUGAGCGUCGGCUACGGCAACGACAGGAGCAGCGGCAUCUACGACGCCAGCCACGCCGACGAGCUCAAGUACCACCACCACCAGGACGUCCAUCACGCGUAUCCAGGCUCGCCCUACUUCCAGGGCAAUGGCGGCGGUGGCGCCGUCAUCGGGCUGGACAUCAACAACGCGCCGCCGCCGCCACACUGCACCGGCCUCCCGGACCACCACUACAUGCCGGCGCACCACGGCCAGUACUCGCUGUGCCCGCCGAACCAACAAGCUGCAGGCACGGGGGCGAUGGCGGCGGCGCCAAUGUACAGCUCGGCGGCGGGCUUCGACGGCAGCACCAACAUGUCGAUCUCUGGCAUCAAGUCCUGGCUCCGGCAGUCGAUGUACGUCCCAGAGCGGUCGCCGGCGGUGCCUCCAUCCGUGCACUCCGCCCCGACCGAGCCGCCGCCGCCGCUGCCGGCGCCGUGCGUCCCCGUCCCUCGCAAGCUCGCGCAGACGUUCGGGCAGAGGACGUCGCAGUUCCGCGGCGUCACCAGGCACAGGUGGACGGGGAGGUACGAGGCUCACCUGUGGGACAACACCUGCAGGAAGGAAGGCCAGACCAGGAAAGGAAGGCAAGGUGAGCUAGGUGGGUAUGACAAGGAGGAGAAGGCCGCGAGGGCUUAUGAUCUGGCAGCGCUCAAGUACUGGGGGCCAACGACUCACAUAAAUUUCCCGUUAAGCACCUACGAGAAGGAGCUGGAGGAGAUGAAGCACAUGACAAGGCAGGAGUUCAUUGCGCACUUAAGAAGGAACAGCAGUGGCUUCUCGAGGGGAGCAUCCAUGUACAGAGGAGUGACCAGGCAUCACCAGCACGGCAGAUGGCAGGCCAGGAUUGGGAGGGUGGCAGGGAACAAGGACCUAUACCUGGGAACCUUCAGUACGCAGGAGGAGGCGGCGGAGGCGUACGACAUCGCGGCGAUCAAGUUCCGCGGGCUGAGCGCCGUCACCAACUUCGACAUCAGCAAGUACGACGUGAAGCGCAUCUGCGCCAGCUCGCACCUCAUCGGCGGGGACCUCGCCUGCAGGCGCUCCCCGACGCGCGACGCGCCGGCGCUGCCCAGCGGCGUGAGCGUCGCCGUGGAGCGCCCCGAGGCCGGCGCGUCCGACAACAGCUCCGACGCCUCGGACGGCCACCGCGGCGCGCACCUGCUGCACGGCCUCCAGUACGCGCACGCCAUGAAGUACGAGGCCGGCGAGGGCAGCAACGGCGGAGGGAACUGGAUGCCAGGCGCGGCCCGGCCGGUCGCCGGCGUCCCCGCCGCGCACCCGCUCCCGGUGUUCGCGCUCUGGAACGACUGA